AUGAAUCCACUGAUUUCUGCUGCUUCCGUUAUUGCUGCUGGAUUGGCUGUAGGGCUUGCUUCUAUUGGACCUGGGGUUGGUCAAGGGACUGCUGCGGGUCAAGCCGUAGAGGGUAUCGCGAGACAGCCCGAGGCAGAGGGAAAAAUACGAGGUACUCUAUUGCUUAGUUUAGCUUUUAUGGAAGCUUUAACUAUUUAUGGAUUGGUUGUAGCACUAGCACUUUUAUUUGCGAAUCCUUUUGUUUAA